CACAAACACAGCUUGCAAUAGCAGCAGCAGCACAACGACAACAACAACAGCACCAACAACUAUAAACAGCUCAAACAUAAAUAAUAAUAAUAAUAAGAGUUCUAAUUCUACAAUAAUAACAGCACAAAACUGCCGUCAAUACAGUUCGGUGCAUACACAACAACCCGCUGGACCCGUCCGAGAGAUACAAAUCGAUCCGUACAUCAUACUCGACGAUGAUCUGAAAUAUUUCUAUGAUGAUGUCAGAGACCUCCUGCGGCAAGGCACGAGUCAAACUGAACUCGAUAAGAUCGCUUCGUAUUAUUUCGACGGCCAGGGGAAAGCGCUACGUCCCAUGGUUACUAUGCUGAUGGCCAGAGCGAUUAACUACCAUUUAAAUAAGGAAUCAAGCAAUUUACUGCACAAACAAAGAUUCAUCGCGCUCUUCUCCGAAAUGGUCCAUUCGGCAAGUCUGGUGCAUGACGAUGUCAUCGAUCAAUCGGAUAUUCGUCGCGGCAAGCCGAGCGUGAAUGCGCUGUGGAAUCACAAAAAGGUUACAAUGGCUGGCGAUUAUAUUCUCUCGAUUGCUUCGAUUAUGAUUGCACGUCUGAAAAGCGACGAUGUGACGAUUGUUCUAAGUCAGAUUCUAACGGAUUUGGUUCAAGGCGAAUUUAUGCAACUUGGCUCGAAGGAAACUGAAAAUGAACGAUUUGCGCAUUACCUGACCAAGACAUACCGGAAAACGGCUUCACUCAUAGCGAAUGCGCUGAAAGCGACGGCAGUUAUCGCUGAAGCUGAUGAAAACAUCGCCGAAUUGGCAUUCCAAUAUGGACGCAAUGUAGGCUUAGCGUUUCAACUGGUCGAUGAUAUGUUGGACUUUGUCUCAACUGCCGAAACAAUGGGUAAACCAACGGCUGCCGAUCUAAAAUUAGGCCUCGCAACAGCACCAGUGCUAUUUGCAUGUGAAAAGUAUCCCGAACUCAAUCCGAUGAUAAUGCGCCGCUUCAGCGAACCCGGCGAUGUUGAACGUGCCUUCGAACUAGUCCACAAAUCGCACGGACUCGAACAGACGCGCUUCUUGGCCAAGAAGCACUGCAUCGAGGCGAUACGAUUGGCGCAGGAGCUGACCGAAUCGCCAUAUCAGAAGGGUCUGCAAGUGGUGGCGGAUUUAGUCAUUAAUCGUUUGAAAUAAUAGCAAAUAGUUAACUAUGGGUGCAGGGGCAGGCUGGUGCAAACAGAAAAACCAACAAACAAACACAAAAUAGUGCAACAAAGAAACAUAAAUUAUACAAACAAAACAAUAUUAUAA